AUGAAUCUCAAAGAGACAAUCUCCAACAAAGAGUUCAAUGAGAAUGGUUGUGUUGAUGGCAUUCAUUCCGGCAGAAGGACAUCACACAUACCACUCUGGCAAUCGUUCAAGAAAUCCCCCAACAUCGUGGGCUAUUGCCUCGCACUAAGCUCGGCAAUUCUUCUCUACGGAUAUGAUCUUGUCAUAGUGGGCACAGUGGCUGCAAUGCCUCAAUUCCAACUUGUUUUCGGCCAGGAACUCAAUGGAAAGUAUAUCAUCCCCUCGAUGUGGCUUUCCCUUUGGAACGUCUCCAGUUGCAUUGGCUUGAUGUUCGGCUCCAUCCUCGGUGGUUAUUAUCAAGAUCGUCGUGGGCGUCGGAUUACGCUCGCUAUAGCCAGUUUCCUAUCCACCAUUGCGGUCGCAAUAUGCUACAUCUCCGAUCUACCAGACGGAAUGGGAAGUCGUCGAGGGGUAUUCUUCGUCGGUAAACUCUUCCAGGGGAUUUGUAUUGGCAUUCUUCUGUGUGUUACACAGACGUACAUGUCCGAGGUACUCCCUGUUGCUCUACGAGGACCGGUCAUUGCAUUCUAUCCAAUCUUCACACUUCUUGGACAGCUGGUUGGGUCGAUCGUGGUUUAUACUUCGCUUAAGCAUACAGGCGCACAAUCUUACCGGAUUUGCUUUGCGUCGCAAUGGCCGUUCUCGGCUGUUCCCUUUGUGCUAGCGGCAUUUUUACCAGAGUCUCCAACUUGGCUGUUGAGAAAGGGACGGAGAGAGAAGGCUCUUAAAGCACAGAAAAAACUUGAUAACGAUCAUGUCGACUCACAAGCUGUAAUCGACGAGUUACAGGCGUCAAUUUCAGCAGAGGACGAGGAGAGCGCAACCCAUAAAUAUGCCGAUUGUUUCAAAGGUGUCAACAUGCGCCGAACUUUGGUUGUGGCUUUUGCAAAUUUGAUACCCCAGAUGUUCGGUUUGCAGCUGCUGGCAAAUGCUUCCUAUUUUAUGCAGAUCGUGGGUAUGGGUUCAUCGAAUAGCUUGAUAUUCUUGAUUUUGGGUAUUGGACUGGGCCUGAUUUCGAAUGUUAUCAGUCUAUGGGCGCUGAAUGCCUUUGGGAGAAGGCUUCUUAUUCUACUGACUCUGAGUAUCGUUAUGGUUCUAUGGUUUGCCAUUGGAAUCGCAGGGAUCUUCAAGGGAACAGUGACAAUUUGGUAUACGGCACUAAGCAUGAUGGUUAUCACUAUGGUCUCUGGUUUUGGAUCGUGGCCCGCGUCUCAUGUGGUUGCCGCCGAAGCGUCCUCGUUGCAACUCCGAGCCAAGAGCCAAGGUAUUGGGUGGUUUACUAGCGGCGUUGGCACUGCAGUAUUUGCCAUCAUCUUGCCGUAUAUAUAUAACGCAGACGAAGGAAAUCUGGGGGCGAAAACAGGUUUUGUGAUGGCAGGAUUCGCCGCAGUUGCAGUCGUCGGGGCAUGGCUGGCUAUCCCUGAAAUGAAAGGUCGGACGCCAAUGGAGAUUGAUCGCAUGUUCUCGUUGAGGUUACGGACUCGGGCAUUCAAAAGUUGGCAGAGCGAUGUCACACUUAGGAGUGAAACAGAAGACACUCAUCCGCCCGCUAAUUCAUGA